AUGUCUAGCCACCUGAAGACGGAUGCCUUGAUAUCGAUCAGAGAUGGUGCUGCAGCCGUCGAGGAAGGGGAGACUCUGAUUAUAAUUUUAUGCGGCCAUAGCGACAUCGAGGGCAAGUUUCUGAUUGGCAACGGCGAGGGCGUUUGUCGCCAGCUCACGAAAGACGAGCUCGAGGCUUCUGUUCGAACCUGUAAAGGAAAGGUCAUGGUUAUCACUACUGCCUGUCAUGGCGGACUUGGGACCAAUAACCUCUGGGACCUGGUGGCAGCAGCGCCGACAAGCCAAGAAUCGAGUUCCAUUGUAGCAUCAGAAUCUAACCAGCACUACGGGGGCGUCUUCACUGGUGCUCUUCCGGCGGAGCAUUACUCGCAAGCUGGCAUUGAUAUGCCUCGUCCUGGAGCCAGGACUAUAACCGAAUUCUACCCCGAACCCCACAAUACGGAUGACCUUGUUUCCGAAAUGAACAAGUUCCGUUUAUCACUCAACAGGCACCUGUAUAGGGCGCCUUUUGGACACCGUGGUGACAGAGAUCAUAUGUUCCCUUUCGAUGGACCUACCUCGCUUUCAGCUAUUCCAUUUACCAAAGUAACGCCCAACCCCGUGACAUCCACCUCUGUUGGACAGUCAGGCUCUAGAGAACGCACCAUGGACGUUGGCGGGGACGAGCAGGAAAUGCUGGAGCUGGCGACCGCCGUUAAACGAGAGGAACUCGCCACGGUCGUUUCAAACAUCUUCGUCAUGAGGCCAAAAAAGCACUGGUCACAUCUUCGGAAACACGAGGCUCUGCGCAAGCAAGCCAGAAUGGACCUGUUGAUGGGCUGCUUAUCCAAGAGGCUUCGCGAUGUUGGUAAAUGCGAUGUUAACGUCGUCACAUUUGAGGGCAAGUGGCUGGAGCCUGCGUACUGGCUAGCAAGGUUGUGGAAGGCAGCUGGCGGGGUUGCAGUUGACCAAUCAGCUUGGGCUAAGACAGUUUCAGCAGCUACCAGCACUGUGGAUGUACGAUAG